GAGCCUGGCCCCAUAUCCAGGCACCAGGACCUCCAAUCCAAUGGUGCCUUCUUCCUCCCAGUCACACUGCUCACUUUGCCCUAUACCAGCAAAGGCUAAACUAGGAGAGACCAAAAGCCCAGGCAAGUCCUUGUGGGUGGGCAAGCAACUGCGAGGGAAACUGAGGACCAUCCUGAGAUAGGUCUUUCUUAAGUCCCCCAAGAACCAGGUGACGCAUCAUCAACAUCAGCUUCUCCUGCCACCACUGCUUCACUGAUUCACGCACUUAGGCUUCAGCCAGCAGCAGGCAUCCUUGGGAUUAGGAGCCAGCAUCUCAGGUCUGCAGCCACGGUUUCUCUGGAGAAAGACCCAACAGAGGCUCAUUCAGAACCUGAACCUUGAGCUUCUGCCACCGACCCACCGUGUUGAAGAUGUCAUUGCUUGGAAGGAACUACAGUAAGGAGCUGAACUCCUUGGACCACGGAUCUCAGUCACCCUCGGAGAGCGGCAGUAGCACUGCUUCAGAGAACGUCCAUCCUGCUGGGGAAGCUGGACUUUCGAUGAUGCAAACUUUGAUCCACUUGUUGAAAUGCAACAUUGGCACAGGGCUCCUUGGGCUUCCCCUGGCCAUAAAGAAUGCCGGCUUAUUGGUCGGUCCUGUCAGCCUGCUGGCCAUUGGGAUCCUCACCGUGCACUGCAUGGUCAUCUUGUUGAACUGUGCUCACCACCUCAGUCAGAGGCUGCAUAAGACCUUCGUGAACUAUGGAGAGGCCACGAUGUACAGCCUUGAAACCUGCCCGAACACCUGGCUGAGGACUCACGCGGUGUGGGGAAGGUACACGGUCAGCUUCUUAUUAAUCAUCACUCAGCUGGGCUUCUGCAGUGUUUAUUUUAUGUUUAUGGCAGACAAUUUACAACAGAUGGUGGAAGAAGCCCACGUGACCUCCAACAUCUGCCAGCCCAGAAAGAUUCUGGUGUUGACCCCCAUCCUGGACAUUCGUGUCUACAUGCUGACAAUCCUGCCCUUCCUGAUCUUGUUGGUGUUUAUCCAGAACCUCAAGGUGCUGUCCAUCUUCUCUACACUGGCCAACAUCACCACCCUGGGGAGCAUGGCUCUGAUCUUUGAGUAUAUCAUGCAGGGGAUUCCAUAUCCCAGCGACCUACCCUUGAUGGCAAACUGGAAUACCUUCUUGCUGUUCUUUGGUACAGCUAUCUUCACAUUUGAAGGUGUUGGUAUGGUUCUGCCACUCAAAAACCAGAUGAAGCAUCCACAGCAGUUUUCUUUUGUUCUGUACUUGGGGAUGUCCAUUGUCAUCAUCCUCUACAUCUGCCUGGGGACAUUGGGCUACAUGAAGUUUGGGUCAGACACCCAGGCCAGCAUCACUCUCAACUUGCCCAAUUGCUGGUUGUACCAGUCGGUCAAGCUGAUGUACUCUAUUGGCAUCUUCUUCACCUAUGCCCUCCAGUUCCACGUCCCAGCUGAGAUCAUCAUCCCGUUUGCCAUCUCCCAGGUGUCAGAGAGCUGGGCACUAUUUGUAGACCUGUCUGUCCGCUCAGCCUUGGUCUGUCUAACCUGUGUCUCAGCCAUCCUCAUCCCCCGCCUGGACCUGGUCAUCUCCCUGAUAGGCUCCGUGAGCAGCAGUGCCCUGGCCCUCAUCAUCCCACCCCUCCUGGAGAUUGUCAUCCUUUACUCUGAGGACAUGAGCUAUGUCACCAUUGCCAAGGACAUCAUGAUUAGCAUCCUGGGCCUCUUAGGGUGUAUAUUUGGGACAUACCAAGCCCUGUAUGAGUUGACCCAACCCAUCAACCAUUCCAUGGCCAAUUCCACAGGCGUCUAUGCAUAAUUAUCUGUUUUUAUUCUAAUAGCUCUCCCUUCCUCCCAUACCCAAUUUGACUUCCAUGUGGAUGUUAUAUACAUUAAUUGAAGCCCAACAUCUCUAUAUUAAUUAGUGGCUUGUUUAUCUUUCCAAGAGAAAUGCAGGUAAGAAAAGUUAGCACUGAUGUCUCAGGCUACACUUUUUUGGUUUUAUAUUUUUUGGAUGAACUUUUGUACCUCUGAACAAAAAUUACAUUCAACUAUUCUUAUUUUCAGCCUCAUUUAAUGGAAAAGGGAUGCCACUUACCCCAACAGCCCUUGAAAUAGAGACCAAGCACAAAUACAAAAGGGAUUGUUUUCUCUACACUGCAGUGGCUGCCCUUAAAGCAUCAGAUUUAGAAAAGUGUAUCUUGGGUGAAGGGGGUUUUCUACUUAGAUACUCUAAAUAGAAGAGUCACAGAGAGAACAAAAACAGAACUUAGCAGUAAUUUUGGCCCACUACUGGCUCUGCCACUGAUUUCCUACUGGCCCUCAGGCAAGUUCCUCCCCAUCUCUCAGUCUAUGAAGCGAAGGCUUGGACUAAUUGAUUAUUAAGGACUCUGUCAACUCUGAUAUUCUGAAAGUGAAAAAAAGAAAUUAACUUAUCCACCAACCACAAAAACUGGCUGUGUUAGUGUUGGCGAGGAGGUGGAGUAACUGAAACUCCAUACCCUGAUACUGUGGAUAGAAAGUAGUACAAUCAGUUUGAUAAACAUCUUGUAGUUUCUUUAAAACUUAAACAUACACCUACCAUGUGAUCCAACUAUUACACUCCAGGAAAAAGAAACAUAUACCCAUAAAAAGACGUGUACAAAAAUAUUCAUGGUAACUUUACUUGUAAAAGCAAAAAAGUGGGAAAUACUCUAAAUGCCUAUAAACAGGAGAAUGGAUAAACAAAUUGUGAUGAAUCCAUACAAUGGGAUAUUUCUCAGCAAGAAACAGAAACAAACUGUUGAAAUACACAAUAAAAUGUAUGAAUUUUAACUAUGCUGAAUGACAAAAUCCAGACCAAAAAA